AUGAUUGAUGCUGAUACGUUCCAGCGAAUCUUGGAUGCCCAGCGAAAACAGCAGGAAGAACUGGCAGGACAGUUAUGUGAAAAGUUAACGGUUAUUUCGCUUGAUGAGCAGAGUACCAGAAAAUUGGAACCAAUCAUAGACACCGUACAAAACAGCAUUCCUAAAUUCGUUUAUUUCUCAGACAGCGUUGAUAGUAGUAGUAAAAAAGACCAAUGGCAAAAUACGUGUAUGUGCCGACUUUUAAAUGAGCUUAAUGAAGCACUGGAAUUGCAUCAGUGCCUGUUGCCGUUUCUAGAGGACAUAUUCGCAGCCUUAACUGGAGGCCGGUGCUUCACGCAUAGUGAUUUUGCGGAUGCAUACUUGCAGGUUCAAGUUGAUGAAGUGCCACAUCCAGUGAAUGCGAAUCAACUUCGAUCAUUUUUGGAAAUGGUAAACCAUUACGACAAAUUUGUAAAGAGUUUGCAUGAGAUCAGAGCGCCGCUAGAUCAGCUACUGCCGAAAGAUGUCAAGCUCAAUUGGACUGUAAGGUGCGAACAAGCAUUCAAGGAAAUCAAAAAUGUACUGCGAUCAGAUAUGUUGCUGACACAGUGUGAUCCAAAAGUUGAUGUUGUUAUAGCCGCAGGUGCCAGUAACUACGGUCUGGGAGCCGUAUUUUCACAUGAGUUUCUUGACGGUCGAGAAAAAGCAAUAGCUCAUGCUUCAAGAACUUUGACAACUUCAGAACGCAAAUAUAGUCAAAUAGAAAAGGAAGCCAGUGGGCUUAGGAAUUUUCACAAGAUGAUACUGAUAGGCGAUUCACGUUAUUAA